AUGAAAAUAUUUACAGUAUUAUUCGUUAUUUAUCUAUCAUUCAUCAAUAUUCAUAUUAAUAAUGCAGAAAUUGAUUGUACUAUCUAUGACAAUGAUUUUGAUGCUGUCAACAUGAAUCCAUUUUAUGCUCGGCGUUAUGGUGGGCUGAUGGCUUCUAAUUCUUCUACAUACAUUAUAUACAUUAAUACGGGUCCUAACUCGAUAAUUACAGAGUUUAAUAUAGCUAUUGAUGUUAAUCCAUCUUCAAGUAUAUAUUGUUUGAAAGGUUUACAAAAACUUCAAUUAUUACAUACAAAUUUAACAAUAUUACCUGAUAUAAAAAAUUUGCAAGAUUUAACAUCAUUAAUAAUAAAAACAGACUAUGGUAGUAUUGAUCAACAUUUACCACCUGAAUUUGGACAAUUAAUAUCUUUAUCAAAUUUAAUAUUAUCUGAUAUUAAAAAUCUUGAAGAUUUACCUGAUGAAAUUAAAUAUUUAAUUAACUUACAAUCAUUAACAUUAGAAAAAAUUCCAAAUUUUAAUAAAAUACCUGAUGAAAGUAUCGGUAAAUUAACAAAACUUAAUACAUUAAAUUUAAUUGAUUUACCAAAUUUAUCAAAUAUGCCAUCAACAAUGAUUAAUUUACAAUUAUUACAACAAUUAGAAAUAACUAAAACAAAUAUGACUAAUAUACAAAUAGACAUUUUAGGAAGUUUAAAGAGUUUAACAAUAACAUUUAAUUCAAUAUUACAAACAAUUCAAAUACAAAAUUUACCUUUAUUACAAUCAUUAGCAAUUUUAUCAAAUAAAAAUUUAACUUUUUUAGAUAUUGAAAAUCUACCAUCUACUACAACAAUAUCAAUAACAAAUAGUGCACAAUUACAAAGUAUUUCAUUUGUUAAUAUACCAUCAAUAAAAAGUCUUGACUUGUCUGGAUGUCAAUUAACAAUAUUUCCUCAAAGUAUUUUAACAUUAAAAUCUUUAGAGACAUUAAUUAUGACAUCAAAUCAAUUAUCAGCAAUACCAUUAACAUUAUCAACUGAUUUACCUAAUUUACGAGUUCUUAAUUUGGCGAAUAAUAAACUUCAAGGAACUAUUUUUCAACCACCACUUGUCUAUAUUCGUGAACUUUAUCUUAGUAAUAAUUCAUUGACAUCCAUGGAUGGUAUUGGAAAACAUAUAUCUUUACAACGAUUAGAAUUAAAUCGCAAUCAAAUUUCAUCAAUUCCACUUGAAAUCAUGAAACUAUCAUCGACAUUAAGGCAAAUAACAAUGGAUUAUAAUCUAUUGAAUCAUAUUCCAUACUCAAUGACAAAUAUGGUAUCAUUAACAGGUUUCUCUGUUCGUUGGAAUAAUAUUGCCUCUCAAGAACGGCAAUAUCUGUUGAAGUUAUUCAAUCAAUCACCUGUCCAACCUCAAUUUUAA